AUGAGUGCGGAUGUGACUAUACCUACUGUCCUACUAAAUAAUGGCCAAAAAAUCCCAAUCCUAGGGUUCGGUACGAGUCACGCAACCGAAGAGGCCGUACGCGAGGCCCUGGCCGACGGGUACCGACACUUUGACACAUCGCACAGCUAUGUGGACGCCUCGGGAAAGGUGUCGAUGGAGACGAUCAUCGGAAAGGUGUUGAAGGAUGUGCUCAAAGAGGGUCACAUUAAGAGGGAGGACCUGUUCAUCGUGAGUAAGCUGGAGCCGGAGGAUCAUGAGCGCAAAAGUGUGUCUGUUGCUAUCAAGGCCUCCCUGGCUAACCUGGGCCUCGACUACCUGGACAUGUUUCUCGUACACCAACCCGGCUCAACGAAACCGGUCAACGUGUCAAUCGCGGAGACCUGGCUGGGCAUGAAUGACGUCCUACAGGCCAAGCUCACCAAAUCGAUAGGUGUGUCCAACUUCGCUGAGAGUCAAUUGGAUCAACUGAAGGGCAAAGGUGUCGUUCCCGUCACCAAUCAGUGCGUCAGUAAUCCCUACGAAACGCAGACUAAGCUGUUGUCGUAUUUGAGGGCACAUAACAUAACGCUCACCGCGUAUUGUCCGUUGGGUGGGUAUACUGACCCGGAUCUACUCAAAGAUGGCAAACUCAAGGAGAUAGGGGUGAGCCAUAACGUGUCGGCCGCUCAGGUAGCCCUGAGAUAUCAGGUCCAGAGGGGAGUCAUAACUAUUCCCAAAUCAAAUACAGCGAAAUAUAUUAAAGAGAAUUUAGAG